AUGUCGAAUCUUCGGGUUCUCUGUCGAGAUCAGCCUCAACGUACAAUUGCGCUGGUCUCGUCAGACCAUGCUCUAGUGUUCUACUACACAUCAACAGAUACCAGUGCGAAGGACAGCCCACGCUGUCAAGUUGAGUUCUCAGACUUAGGGGAAGUGGACCUGCAAGGCUACAGGCCUUUAGGAUAUGGCUAUGGUACCCUUGGUCUUGUUACCCUCAAUGAAGAUGUAUUUGUUUGCGUCGUCACCAGCUCCUCGCAAGCCGCCACUGUGAGACCCGGAGAAACCGUGUCGAGAAUUGACAAUGUAGGCUUCUAUUGCCUCAAUCGUUCAGAAUACGAGUACGGCCUGGACCACGAGACUGGGCCUCAAUUCGCUGCCGAGGAGCGACUUGGCCCAGACGGGAAGGAUGUGGUAACUGACCAUCCUUUCCUGGCGUUGAAGAAGCUCCUUGGAGAUGGAAGUUUCUAUUACAGCCUCGAUUUCAACCUCACAGAUCGCUUACAGGACCGGGCCAACAAAUCCGUGGCAUUUGACAUUGACACCCUCAAUGAAGAUAUGCUGUGGAAUUCUUACAUGAUUAGUCCGCUUCUCUUUUUCCGGAGCCACUUGCCGCCGUCCGAUAAAGCCAAAUUAGAUGCAUCGCAGAUGUUGACCUGUGUUAUCCGUGGAUUUGCCAGUACCCUGAAAGUACCAGCGACCAUCCCAAUCCUUCCUCAUGUGCGCACAAACUUUCCUUCUAUGUUGACGAUCAUAUCCCGACAAUCUUCUCGGCGUGCUGGUACGAGGUUCAACUCGAGAGGCAUCGAUGAUGAUGGGCAUGUUGCCAAUUUUGUGGAAACUGAAACUAUCCUGUGGGUUUCACCCGGCAUUGUAUUCUCAUAUGCUCAAGUCCGCGGCUCGGUGCCUAUUUUCUGGGAACAAGCUCCAGGUCUCAUCCCGGGCCAGCAAAAGAUCGAGGUCACACGGUCAAGCGACGCAACACAACACGCAUUCGACAAACACUUUGAAUCCCUAGAGCUGGAAUAUGGCGCGGUACAUGUGGUCAAUCUACUAAGUGAGCUGAAGCCCGGGGAGGCAGAGUUGUCAUCCAAGUUUCGACAGCAUAUCAACAAGAGCUCGACCCGACAGAAAGAAGGUGAUGGGACGUCUCCACGCCGGAGCCUCUUGCGAAUGACCGAAUAUGAUUUUCUUGCUGAGACCCGAGGUCCUUCGGGAUACGAAGCCAGCUCCCAGAUCAAGCACGAGCUUAUCAAUUCAUUAGAUGAGUUUUCUUAUUUCAUGUCGGAGGAUUCAGGUCGUCCUAAUAAAACUUCCUACGACGGAGCUGAUGCAGUAAACAAUUCUCCGGUCAUUCUACAGCAAGAGGGUGUUUUUCGGACCAAUUGCCUGGAUUGCUUGGACAGAACAAACCUCGUCCAGACCAUUAUCAGCUCGAUGGCAUUCGAGUCAUUCUUAUCGCACCAAGGCGGCAGAUUAAGCUCGGACUUACAGGUUCGGCAUUCGACCAUUUGGGCUGACAAUGGCGAUGCUCUUUCGAAGAUUUAUGCCGGGACUGGUGCCCUCAAAUCUUCCUUCACCCGACACGGAAAGAUGUCACUUGCUGGGGCACUUGCAGAUGCACGGAAGAGUGCAACUCGACUUUAUGUCAACAACUUUACAGACAAAGCCAAACAGAAGACGAUCGAUCUUCUCUUGGGGAGGCUAACAAAUCAAGUUCCUGUAUACCUCUACGAUCCAAUCAAUGAUUUGGUCAUUGAGGAAUUGAACCACCGAGGCCCGGAGUAUUCUUCCCGCAAACAAGUCCGGUUUUGGGUUGGCACCUUCAAUGUGAAUGGGCGCGACGAAGGCCCAGGUACCGACCUCACUCCGUGGCUUUUCCCAGAGUCAGAUGAGUCCGACGAAGAUCCGGCAAUCUUUGUUGUCGGGUUCCAGGAGAUUGUCUCCCUAAGCCCUCAACAAAUUAUGUCCACUGAUCCCAGUACCCGCAAGGUUUGGGAAAGAGCCGUGUACGAUUGUUUGAAUGCCCAUUCGAAGAUGAAAGGGACUGGAAAAUAUGUGCACCUAAGAAGUGGCCAACUAGUCGGCGCUGCCGUCCUGCUUUAUGCGAAAGAGGAUUCACUCAAGUACAUCAAAAAUGUUGAAGGCAGCACCGGCCUUUCCGGGAUUGCUGGCAACAAAGGUGGCUGUGCUGUUCGCUUCGACUUCUCUAACACGAGCGUUUGCUUUGUUACGGCCCAUCUUGCUGCUGGGUUCGCAAACUAUGAUGAAAGAAACAGGGAUUAUGAGAUUAUUGACCGAGGUCUGAGAUUUCAAAAGAACCGGUCAAUCGCUGAUCAUGACGCAGUGAUCUGGCUGGGUGAUUUCAACUAUCGAAUUGGAUUGGGCAACCCAAGCGUAAGAGAGCUCAUCUUACAGCAAAACUAUCAAAGGCUAUACGACAACGAUCAGUUGAAUUUGCAGAUGGUAGCGGGGAGGGUGUUCCAAUUCUAUUCAGAAGGCCCAAUUAAAUUCCCGCCCACUUAUAAGUACGACGUUGGAAGAGAUAACUAUGAUACAUCUGAAAAAGCCCGGAUCCCCGCAUGGUGUGAUCGAAUAUUAUGGAGAGGAAGCAACCUGCGGCAAACAAACUACCAAGUUGCGGACUUGAAAGUGUCUGACCACCGUCCAGUCUGGGCAACCUUUGAUUGUGUCAUCGAUAUCGUCGAUUAUGCACUGAAAGAAAGUCUCAGGCGAUCAAUAUACGAGGAAAAACAAGACCAAGGUCAUAUUUCUCUUGUAGACUCUAUCUCUCUUUUGGACUUGGACGACGACGAAAUCACACCACACGUUCCUAUCGCACCGGGGCUGCCACCGGCAAGCUCUGAUAGAGACCGAUGGUGGCUGAACAAUGGCGCAUCAGUGAAAGCAACGGUACAACCACCGAAGCAAGGAUAUAUUCCAAAUCCCCAACGCAAAUCCAAUCCAUUUUCUGCAGAUGUCGAUUGGGUACCAAGUCCAGACUCGAUGGAGAACAACCCCACCGAGCCUGUUGAAGUUACGAGGAAGCCCAUGCUACCCCCCCGGCGUGACACUUUCAACUCGUCCACGGGGUCUUUAUCACCUCAAGCAGUUGAAACUGGAAAAAUUCGACCGGCUGUUCCUCGCAAACCACUAUCACUAAGUUCUCAGGGAAAAAUCAGGACAGUAUCACCUGGGGGUCAACACCCGUCACGACAGGACAGUCCAGAGAGUGGUGUGACCGCCAGUACUGGCUCUACAGAUCUUCUCAGUGAUUCUGGCAGUGAGCAGAUCGAGUGGAAGCCGCUGUUUCAAUGA